AUGCCUGCUUUGCCCUCGCCUUUUGCCAAAGGGGGAUGCAUUGUGUCAGCGCCAGUGGGGCCGGCCGGUCCUGCAGGGCCGGUGAAGUCGUCUUCGGGAAAGCUUGAGUCACUCAGGCUUGCGGGAGUGAAGAUUCCGAGUGUGCCGGGACAAAGCUGGGAUCAGAAACUCUCUGAGGCGAGGGAAGCAGCUUUGGCAAAGUGGCUAGGGAUUCUUGAAAGGUUCCCUGACGAUUUCGGUCUUUCUCUGUCGAUUCGGCUAGAUAAGGAGAACGGGCGAGACUCUGACUUGAAGUCUUCCUUGCAAGAUGUGUUUUCUCAGAAGGCGAGCGUCACGAUCUCGGGCCGUGCUGGGCCCCUUGCCAGGUACAUCAAGCACUGCCGAAGUUGCCAGGUCAUUCCUUUCCCUGUCACUGAAGCAGGGAUCUAUGCUUUCCUGCAGGAUUAUGCAUCUCACGAGGCGCCCACUUUCGCCAGGAGCUUCUUGAGCAGCCUUGCUUUUGCAAAGUUCACUGUGAGCUUGAAGGUGAGUGAUGAAGUCUUCAGCCCCAGGGUCCGUGGGCUGUCGUCGAAGCUGUAUCUUGAAAAGAGGAAGACUCGGCAAAAGCCGUCGCUCAAAGUUGAUCAUGUGCGGAAGUUGGAGGCUAUCGCUUCCGGCUCGAUCGUGCUCGAGCCUUCAGACCGGGUCGCUGCUGGCUUUUUCGUGUGGACCUUGUAUGCACGAGCGAGGUACUCGGAUGCCCAAGCUGCAGGUGCAAUGACUUGUGACUUAAGCGAUACGCCGGACGGCACAGUCGGAUACCUGGAGUCCGCUGUCGAGCGAAGCAAGACUUCGUUCUCACUGGAAAGAAAGGUCAGGUAUUUGCACAUGUUUGCUCCCAUCCAAGGUAUAGGUGAGGCGCCCUGGGGUGUCAAGUGGUUUGAGUUCUAUAAGGAGCAUGGGCCUCCUUUGGGGUCUGGCAAGCCCUUGCUUCCGAGCCCGCUCUCUGGCGGAGGGUGGCAAACAUCGCCGCUGGCGGUGGCGAGUGCCACGAAAUGGAUGAAGUCACUCUUGAUCCGUGCGGGUUGUGACAGGUCUUCCGUUGAACCGCUUGGGACGCAUAGUCUCAAGGCAACGACCUUGAGUUGGAGCGCCAAAUUCGGACUACCCCGCGAGGUGAGAGCGGCCCUAGGCUACCACGCCAGGGGCCGUGACGGGACCGAGCUCAUCUAUGGGAGAGACAACAUGUCUGCUCCUGUGCGCCAACUGCAAAGGGUUCUGCUCGAAGUGUCGCGCGAAAGGUUCAUGCCGGACGCCACCAGGUCCGGUUACUUCGUGAAGCGCUUUGAAGAUCCAGAGGGAAUGCCCAUUCCUCCUGAUGAGGUUUUGUCGGAAUCUUCCUCCGAGGCCAGCGAGGAUGCCGAGGAUGUCGAUCAUGUAGCUGCGGAGGCGGCCACCGACGAGUUGGGAAGGCAAUGGGAGCCCGAUGCAGGCUUGCGUGCCGAGCUUGAAGCAGUCCCUUUGUUCAGGAGUUCACUAGCUCGGUUCCUGCUCCUGUCGAUGGCUAACUACUCUGAGAGUCAAUCGGUUCUGCAGUCGCGAUUGAGUGUCGUGGGUUUCGCAGAAGAUGACGUUCAGAAAAUCCUGCCAGAGGUGGGAAACUUGAGGAGGCUGGCUUUCAUUUCUUCUUUCACACCUGGCCAGACUGACGAGGGGCCGUUGAUGCAGGUGUUGAAAGACAUUUUGAAGCGAGACUUGACAAUUGCAGACAAGGCUAAUUGGCGUGCGGUUUACAAUGAAGCUUUCGCCAUUGUGACCGCGGAAAUGAAGCAGAGGAUUGAGAAGGCCGACCCAGAGUCGACCGUCAGGCCUUUGUCUCAGCCUGAGAGGUCGGAGCGGUACGAGCGGCAGGCCAAGAAGCUUGUCGGGAUUACACUGAAAGGGCCUCUGGAGCCUGCCGAUGCACUUGUUGAUCUUGCUGUGGCUUCCUAUGAGGCAAAUGAGCUGAGGUACAUUCCGUGGGACCGGUGUGUGUCCAAGGAAGCUGAACUGGCUGGCGAGAAGAAACGCGAUGUCAGGUUCACUGUUGAGGAGUCUUCGGGAAAGCUUCGGAUCGAGCACAAACAGCCUGAUCUGGUUGCGGAUACUUCAUCGGAGAUUCUUGUUCAGCAGGCUCUCACCAGGAGAGCUUUGGCCAUGGAUCAGGCGAACCUGAUCGAGUUCAGUGUUGCUGAUAAGUGGACUCAACGCUUGAUGAAGGCCCGCAUGCAAGCGCCUGCGGAGCAUUUUGCCAGGCCCACUUGGAAGCAACUUGAGUCGGCAGAUCGGCAGCUGUUUGCCGAGCUUCGUGAUAAGACCAGGGCAGGAGUGCAGACUGUCGCAUCGGGUCGCCCGUUGGACACACUUCUGCCAGAUGCGAUGUACAUGAACGAAGUGUCAUGUUUGUUGCAACCUUUUCCGGCCCCUGCCUUAAAGGAUGUUCCCCAGAAGCCGGAUGCUCCCAAGUGGGAGAGGCCUUCUCCUUACAACAAAGGUGGAGGCAAAGGAAAGAAAGGUAAGCAGAGGUUCAUGACGAGGUUGCCCGCCGGCCUGGAGGGCUGCAGGAUGCCCUACCAAAGGGCAGAAGUGCGAGAAAGGUUCUUCACUGACGAGGGUCAUGUGAGUGCCGCCGAUGUUCUGCGGGUUUUCGAUGGUCUUCCUUCGGAUGCCUUGAAGAGGGGUGCCGAUGCACCUCUCCCAACUUCGAAAUCUUAUGCCACGGGAGCGUAUGUUCUUGGUGGUAAUGUAGGCCUGAAGGCCAAUGCCUCAGCCAACCCGGAGGCGCUCAAAGUCUUUGCAAGGUUUGUGAGACAGCGUGCACCGGGGUUUAAGUUUUCUUCGAUAAAUAUAUUUGAGGAUGUUCGCACUGAGCGCCAUCGAGAUCAGUGGAAUGCCAACUUGCAUAACUUGGCGAUUGCACUGACUGACUUCUCAGGUGGAGCUAUCUUUGUGGAGCAUGAAAACGGUCGAGAUGUAUCCGACCUUAAUGGGGCACGAGGCUCUCGCUUGCAGGUUGCUAAGGGCCCUGUCCGAUUCAAUGCCAGACACAAUUGGCACUACACCGAGGCGUGGCAGGGCCGUAGAGUCUUGCUGGUUGCAUUCACCAUCCGUCAUGUCGAAUCGCUAUGCAAGGAACAUCUUGACUUUCUCCGCGAGUGUCAUGUUGAUGUUCCGGAAUGCGCGCCCGAGGGCGCGCGGUUGGCGCCUGCUGAAGCGUGUGCUCGUCAGCCGCCAUCCUUGACCUCCCCCGCAGCUCAGGAGUCGCUUAGGCCCUUGCCCGCUUCGGUUGUCCCCGCCGUUGACCCUAAGGAACCUGUGAGCGACCCUGCUAGUCCCUUGAAGCCCGGUUCUGCUCUCUAUGUCGAGAUAAAGUGUGGGUCCGGAUUGCUGCCGGCUCGGGUGCGGCGGGACGGAUUUCAAAUCAUAGCGCUUGAACAUUCUCGCCCCGCUGGGCGAGUGCACACUCACCUUGUCCCUGUGGACAUUGAAACUGAGUCGGGUUUCUCCUUUGUGCAGACUGUCAUCAGCCACGAUGCCCCUUUUCACGUGCAUUUCUUUCCUGCGACCAAGGAUUGUUUUAAGGCUACUUUUAGCGCCGGGCAAACCAUUCGCAUCGCCAAACUCUUGCUUGCAUCUGAUUCGCAUUGGAGUGUCUUGCAUCCCCUGGCGUCAGCCCUGUGGAAACAGCUCGACUUGCCCGACAACCUCCAUUGCGUAGACUUCUGUGCAGGUUGCUACGGGGCUCCCAGUCCGGUCAAAAUGCGUCUGUGCACAACCCAGGCCGCGCUGGCUGGCAUGCCGGUGCCAGCAUGUCGUUGUCGCCCCGGGCCCCACGCUGCGGGCUCGCUUGCACCAGAUGCCUUGUACACAACCAAAUUCUGUGAUUUGUUUGCUGGCCUCCUGCAGCUGGCGGUUGGCCAGUCUGGCCUCUUACUUGAGCACGCUCUUCCUCUGCAGAGUUCGCGGCAUUCUGCCGUAGCAGCCGCUGGGCGGCAGCCUCGAUUGUCAAAAUUCCAGCCGCAGAUCGCCGAGUUUAAGUGCCAGGCCACGGUCCGUGAGUUCCCGUGGCCCCUUCCUUUGGAUAAUAAAGGCAAUCUCACAUGUGUGCCUUCAGCAGUUACCUUUGGCAUUUACCGCACGGAACAAGAGUUUGUGGCCCAGGCAUUGCAUAUCGAUCAUCCCUUCGACUUGUGCGUGGCAGUCCCAGACUUCAUGUUGAGAGCGUUGGCUUUUACCUUGAAAGAGGGCCCGGUUGGUGUGAUGAAGCACCGUCUGAAUUUGCUCCAGCAGUGGACUUCUUGGAAACGCGAUUUGGCUGGUGCCGAAGCAAACCUGCAUGCUGCCAUGGAUCCUGGUGUGGCUUCUGUUAUGAAGGGCAAAAACAUUUUGCUUUUGGAAAAAAUUGCAUCGUCUUUCGGUUGGCCUGACACUGAAGUCUUCGAACACCUUAAGCAUGGUUUUCCCUUAGUGGGGGAGUCGAGUCCUUCUGGCAUCUUCGAUGUGGAUAGAAAACCGGCUCUGAUGACAAGGGCAGAACUUGUGCAGCAUGCUAAAUUCCUUAGGCCUGCGCUGUGGGCGAAGGUGGCGAACGCGGAGGUGGAUGAUUUAGCUCGGGAAGUGUGGGAUUCCACACAGCAAGAGAUGCUAGUCAAGGAGUGGCUAACCGGGCCUUACUCGUGGGACGAGCUGCAGGCCCGUCAUCCAGAAGGCUGGCUUCCAGUGCGGAGGUUCGGCAUUGUGCAAAAAGCCAAGACACGGUCGAUAGACGAUUUGGCCGAGAACUCUGUAAACUGCGCCUAUGCUGUUUCCGAUCGGAUUUCUUUGAGGGCCCUUGAUGAAUUGGUCUGGCUUGCGAUCACCCUCUUUAAGAUCUUCAUUGCAAAAGGCGAGGUGAGCAUCCCUUUGUCGGAUGGCGACCAUCUUCGCUUUCCGGUGCAUUCUUUCUGGAGGGCCCUGAAACCCGAUGCGCUUCAGCCAAGCUUGAAAACAGUGGACUUGAAGAGUGCUUAUAAACAGUUGGCGGUUUCUCCACGAGACCGCUGUCUGAGCAUAGUGGCCAUCAAGGACCCGGUCUCGAGGCUUGCGUUUGGCUUCGAGAGCCGAACCCUUCUGUUUGGGGCCACCUCGUCGGUGGUUUCAUUCAAUCGCGUUGCAAGAUUGCUCCAAAGGGUUCUGGUUGCCUUGCAGGUGCUCGCCUGCAACUACUUCGACGAUUACCCGGUUUUAGAGGUCUUGCCGCUUUGUAACAACACGCAGUCGACUGUCAGAGCCGCGUUGGACUUGCUGGGUUUCGCCUGGGCGGAAGACAAGGAUCUUCCCUUCAGCCAUGAGGCUGAGCUACUAGGCGUUCGGGUUGACCUUGGCAGCUUUGGGGUAGUUAAGAUUGGGAAUAAGCCCGAACGUGCUACUGCCAUCGCUGAGGCGGUGGACUCCGUCUUGAGUGCGGGCCAUCUUGAUCCGAAGACCCUGCCGUCUUUGUUCGGUCGCCUCCAGUUUGCCGAGGGUCAGCUGCACGGGCGAUUGGGCAGAUUGGCACUGGCCGACCUUAGGGCGUGCACGAUGAGUUCUCAGGCCAAAACCCUUGAUGCCACGGCUGUGCAGGCCCUUUGUAAUCUUAGGUCCCGGGUUCUUGGGGGUACCCCUAGGAUAGUCCCGGCUUGUGUAGGGUCUCGUCGUUCUGUGAUUUUCACAGAUGGAGCGUACGAGCCGACGAAUGAAACUCACCCCGCCACUGUCGGAGGAGUCUUGUACCAUUUCGACAACGGCGCGUGGUGCACUUUCUUCUUUGCAUGUGCUAUCCCUUUGAGCGUUGUACAGAGCUGGGAGGCUCUCGGGAAAAGGCAUUUGAUAGGCCCAGUUGAGAUGUAUGCAGUGGUAUGUGCGAGAGAAGCGUGGGCAAAGCACUUGGACAUGCAAAGGGUGACCAUGUAUGUGGAUCACUCCGGAGUGUUGGCCUCUUUGGUGAAAGGCUCUUCGAAAGACCCUUUGUGGAGGCAACUCUUGCUGAUCUUUGAGAGCUGCGACGCUGAGGCGAUGCUCCCUUGGUUUAGCCGCGUUCCAAGUGCAAGUAACCCGGCCGAUCCUCCUUCGAGAGCUAAGUCAAUCUUUCCAGUCAGGGGGCAGGUGUGCAGAGUGUCGCCUCGAUGCCCGAUCAAAGGCAAUGCCACGAUUGAUCUCCUUCUUAAGUGA